GACAGAUUAUGUUAUCUGCUUCCACGACGCGAAUACCGACAAAAGAUCCUUGCUUUCAAAAGCGUGGAAGAAACCAAAACGUUUCAACCUUACUGCUACUGUCUUUAACCUUGGCAAAUAGCCAAGUGUAGGGAAUGUCUGUUUCCUCUUCGGAUCUCUGGAUCUCUCUCUCAGUCUUUCUGGUAGAGUUCUGGGCUUUCCAGCUAUUUGACUCUCGAGUUAUCAUGACAUAAAAGUAUGAGAUUUCUUCAACGGAGCUGAUUAUUGUACAAUGACAAUUGAUGUGCAAUCAUCAAUGGCGCAAAGUGCGAGAGCAACUGGAUCUUCCUUUAGCUCUAGCAAUGGAAAUGAAGAAACUCCUUCCCAUAAUCCUGUUUCUGUUUCAAAUGGGGAUGAAUAUGAUAGUGAUGGCUCCAAUUUUGCACCACCUACACCUACAACGCUCUCAAUGUCUAUUCCAUCAGAACUUGCAGGUGCUAUACCCUUGAUUGAUCGAUUCCAGGUGGAAGUAUUUUUGAGGAUGAUGCAGAAACAAAUUCAAUCUGCUGGUAAACGUGGGUUUUUCUCUAAAAAAUCUGUAGGCACUCAAGUUCGAGAAAAGUUCACUUUUGAGGAUAUGCUUUGUUUCCAAAAGGAUCCUAUACCGACAUCAUUACUUAGGAUUAACAAUGACCUGGUCAGCAGAGCAACAAAAUUGUUUCAGAUAAUUUUAAAGUAUAUUGGUGUUGAUCCAUCUGAUCGAGUAACUCCACCGAGCUUAGAUGAGCGAAUUGAGUUUGUUGGGAAACUAUAUAAGCAAACUUUGAAGCGUGCUGAGCUCCGAGAUGAACUUUUUGCUCAGAUUUCAAAACAAACCAGGAACAACCCUGAUAGGCAAUACUUAAUCAAAGCAUGGGAGCUGAUGUAUUUAUGCGCAUGCUCCAUGCCUCCCAGCAAGGACAUGGGUGGAUAUUUAUCCGAGUAUGUUCAUAAUGUAGCACAGGGUGCUAAUACCGAUUCUGAGGUCCAAAUCCUAUCUCUGAAUACAUUAAAUGCUUUGAAGCGUUCAGUUAAAGCUGGUCCCAGGCAUACAAUACCAUGUCAUGAGGAGAUUGAAGCUAUUCUAACGGGUAGAAAGCUUACAACUAUAGUUUUCUUUUUGGAUGAGACAUUUGAAGAAAUAACAUACGACAUGGCAACGACAGUAUCUGAUGCUGUAGAGGAACUUGCGGGGAUAAUUAAACUAUCAGCUUACUCUAGCUUCAGUCUAUUUGAAUGCCGCAAAGUUGUCACUGGUUCCAAGUCACCUGAUCUCGGGAGCGAGGAGUAUAUUGGGUUAGAUGAUAACAAAUAUAUUGCUGAUCUGCUGGCGGAAUUCAAAGCAGCCAAGGAUCGAAGUAAAGGGGAAAUUUUGCACUGCAAAUUAACAUUUAAAAAGAAGUUAUUUCGAGAGUCAGAUGAAACUGUAACAAACCCAAUGUUUGUGCAAUUGUCAUAUGUUCAAUUGCAGCAUGACUAUGUAUUGGGCAAUUAUCCGGUUGGAAGGGAUGAUGCUGCACAGCUUUCUGCAUUGCAAAUCUUUGUUGAGAUUGGGUUUGUUGGUAGCCCUGAAUCAUGCACUGAUUGGACUUCUCUUCUUGAGCGGUUCCUCCCUAGACAAGUUGCAAUUACCCGAGCAAAGCGGGAAUGGGAGUUGGAUAUUCUUUCUCGUUAUCGAUCAAUGGAGCAUUUAACAAAAGAUGAUGCUAGACAGCAAUUUCUGCGGAUAUUGAGGACACUUCCUUAUGGGAAUUCAGUUUUCUUUAGUGUCCGAAAGAUUGAUGAUCCUAUUGGACUUUUGCCUGGACGAAUUGUCUUGGGUAUUAACAAGCGAGGGGUUCAUUUUUUCCGUCCAGUUCCAAAAGAGUAUCUACAUUCUGCAGAGUUAAGAGACAUAAUGCAAUUUGGUAGUAGCAAUACCGCUGUAUUUUUUAAGAUGAGAGUUGCAGGUGUCCUUCACAUAUUCCAGUUCGAAACCAAGCAGGGAGAAGAAAUUUGUGUUGCACUUCAGACUCAUAUAAAUGAUGUGAUGUUGCGUCGAUACUCCAAAGCACGUUCUUCUACUAGUGGCUCAGUGAAUGGAGAUCACUCAAACAAAUUUAAGCCUCCUAGCAUGGAAGUGUUUGAAAAACGUGUGCAGGAUUUAUCAAAAAGUGUUGAAGAAUCUCAAAAAAAUGCUGAUCGUUUGUCAGAAGAAUUGAAUGAAAAGGAAAAGCAAGAAAUCAAAAUGCAAGAUGAACUGGAGAGCUUGAAAGAUGCUUUGAGAACUGAAAAGCAGAAAUCGGUGGAAGUUGCAAGCGACCGUGAUAGACUUAAAUUGUUGUGCCAUGAAAAGGAUACUGCUCUUCAAGCUGCAUUGAUGGAGAAGAAGAGCAUCGAAGUGAGGUUGGGCAAGCUGGGAAAUCAAGCCCUAGAGAGUCAUACUAAAAAGGAUUUGGUUGGAACAAACAGCCAGACAAUGCAGGCCUUGCAUAAGCUUCAGGACGAACUAAAAAUUUGCAAUGAGCAGUUGCAUGCGGAACAAGAAAAUGCGAAGAAGUUGUUGAAUGAUAAAAUCAUAUUAGAGCAGAGGGUUCUCAAACUUGAAAAGAAAAAGGCUGAGGAGAUGGAAAUUCUUGAGAAAAACUUUGAGGAAGAUCAAAAGGCAUUGAGUUAUCAAGUGUUGGAACUUGAAAGAAAGUUAGAAGACACUACACAAGAUUUGGCCGCUGUUCAGUCAACUCUUGCAACUAGGAAUACAGAUUUGGCUGUAUUACAGAACAACCUAAAGGAAUUAGAGGAAUUGAGAGAAAUGAAAGAGGACAUAGAUAGAAAGAAUGAGCAAACUGCUGCCAUCUUGAAGAUGCAAGGAGCUCAGCUUGCUGAAUUAGAAGUACUUUAUAGAGAAGAACAAACUUUAAGGAAACGUUACUUUAAUGCUAUAGAAGAUAUGAAAGGCAAGAUCAGGGUUUUCUGUCGUUUAAGACCUCUAAAUGAGAAAGAGCUUGCUGAAAAGGAAAGAAAUGUUCUUUCAAGUCUAGAUGAGUUCACAAUAGAACAUCCAUGGAAAGAUGAUAAGGCAAAGCAGCAUAUGUAUGACCAAGUCUUUGAUGGCUAUGCCACCCAAGAUGAUGUCUUUGAGGAUACACGGUACCUGGUGCAAUCUGCUGUUGAUGGCUACAACGUUUGUAUAUUUGCCUAUGGACAAACUGGAUCUGGAAAGACAUUUACAAUAUACGGAUCUGAGAUCAAUCCUGGAAUUACCCCACGAGCAAUCACAGAACUUUUUAGAAUCAUAAAGAGAGAUAGUAACAAAUUUUCAUUUUCCUUAAAGGCAUGCAUGGUGGAGUUGUAUCAAGAUACCCUUGUAGACCUUUUUUUACCAAGGAAUGCAAAACGUUUAAAAUUGGACAUUAAGAAAGAUUCAAAGGGUAUGGUGGCAGUAGAAAAUGUGACAGUGGUAUCAGUUUCUACAUUUGAAGAAUUAAAAAGUAUUAUCCAAAAAGGAUCUGAUCAGCGGCAUAUAUCUGGAACUCAGAUGAAUGAAGAAAGUUCAAGAUCUCACUUGAUACUUUCAAUUGUCAUUGAGAGUACCAACCUUCAAACCCAAUCUGUUGCAAGAGGAAAGCUAAGUUUUGUGGACCUUGCUGGUUCUGAAAGGGUAAAGAAGUCGGGCUCUUCAGGUUGUCAACUUAAGGAAGCUCAAAGCAUCAACAAAUCCCUUUCAGCUCUCGGUGAUGUUAUUAGUGCUUUAUCUUCAGGCAGUCAACACAUUCCUUAUAGGAAUCACAAGUUAACAAUGCUGAUGAGUGAUUCACUUGGUGGAAAUGCAAAAACUCUUAUGUUUGUGAAUGUAUCUCCAGCUGAAUCUAAUUUGGAUGAGACUUACAAUUCCUUAAUGUAUGCUUCAAGAGUGCGGUCAAUUGUGAAUGACCCUAGCAAAAAUAUUUCAUCGAAGGAAGUAGCUCGAUUGAAAAAGUUGGUUUCAUAUUGGAAAGAGCAAGCAGGUAGAAGGGGAGAUGAAGAAGAUUUUGAUGACAUUCAAGAAGAACGGCCAAUGACAGACAGGACAGAUGGCCGCCAUUCCAUGUAGAUGAAAUUUCAGUAUAAGAAGUGCUGAUAUUGUGAGUUGGUGGAUAUGGUUUUGGUUUCAUCGAUCACACUGGAUGUGUGAUAGCUAGAGGGCUAGAGUCAGUAUUUUGAUUUAUUGGCUGGAGCGUUUAGUUGUAUAGUUGGCAUUCUUCAUUGGGGUUGUACAUAUUUCUGAUUCAAUAUUGUUGAAUACAUAUGUAUCUGAAUAUGACUUUUUAUUUAGUUUUGAACAAAAUUUCACGGUUUUAAAUUGUAACAUGGAUGAAGGAAAGGGAUACCUGUGUAGUAGAAAAUGAAAUUGUGAGAAAAUGAAAAUAGGCAAUCGCGGUAUAUGGCCGUUGGCAA